CGAACAUUUGUGAAAUUGUGUCUUCUUGUCGUCAGUAGACCGUCGCUACAUGCCAGUAGUAGUAUCUAGCCCGGCUUGCGGCAUUUCUUCCACAGCCUCCGUCACAUUAUGAGAAGACGGAGAGUGUCCUUAGCCUCGACUUAGGGAUUGCGUACGGCAAGGACGGGCGAGGAGAAGGAAGAACGGCUAGCCUGAGUAGUGGAGGUGGCCUUGUCGGUCCGGGAUCCACGUUGUACUGAAAAUACGUUGGUGUAGUAGUAAGCUCCGCGUCCUGUGAAGGAUCCUGUCCGUGAUUCAGCAGCGAACUAUCACGGCGUCGAAGAUGCAAGCGCAGGUAUCGCCGCCGCUUUCCCAGACUGUGUUUUGCGUUGUCAUGCUGAUCACAACACUGCUUUUGGCAGAUACAGACGCUAAUACUUCAGGAGCUGUCACAAGUAUGGUGCUACCCGAUGGCGGCGGCGGCGAUGGAGGUGGACCUCCUGAUUCCGGUGGCUUCUCCGACAUUGAUCUGAUUGUCUCCAGCAAGAAUGUGACGGUGGCGUCAAACGGAGACGUGACGAUUGGCUGUCGCGCAAACUCCCUAGAUGCGCCACCAAUCCGCUGGACAACGCUGCAAGCAUGCCAGCCCCAGUUUAUUGCUAGUAAGGCCGAUAUUCACACGUUCUCUUCAGCGGAAAUUCAGACUUCAUUCAGCGUGCUUCACCUGCGUAGUAUGACCCAGUCGUGUACACUCAGCUGUAGUUUUCUGAGCUUGCUGAAUACCACAAGGGGAACAACACCUGGUACAGCAGAGAAUAUCACAGUCACCGUGGGUACGCCUCCGCCAACCCAAGCUCCAGACGGCCAAGGUAGUGAGGACUUAACCCGCAUCGGCAGUCAUCUGCGGAAUGUCACCAACGGUAGCAGCUUCACUCUGGCCUGCUUAGCGCCGGAUCGUCCCGUGGCCUGGAACGUCACGGGCAGCUGCGUGACGUGGUUCAGCGCGGCCGUUGCCAACGGGAGUAUCCACCUGCACUCGCUGUAUCUCUCCGACAGAUCAGCCACGCUGUACGUACUGGGAGUGCCGGUGGCACGGUUUGCACACGCCUGCGAGUAUCUGUGCACAAACGGGCCAGCGACCGAGCGAUUCGGCGUCAAUAUUGUCGAUCCUCCCAUUGCCCCGACGACUCCGGCUCCGACCACUCCCACGCAGAUGCCUGACCCAACGCAGGCGGAGACGACUGAAGCGUCCAGCGGAAACUUCCCCAGUACGGUGCCGUCUGACACAGCGCAGGCAACAGCGUCCUCAGGACCAGGUACCGGAGUGUCGACGACAGGCAGUUCAACCUCGGACUCUGUCACUGCGGAUACCGUGCCGACUAGCUUGCUGGGAACAACAGCAGCGCGGGCGACCGUAAUGCCAAGCAGCGCUACCGCAGCUCCGUCGACAUCUCAUGCGGUGACUCUCAUCCCAGCGACCACUGCCACUCGGAGCAUUGGGACGUUAACAUCUUCGCAAACAAGUCUCAACGCUUCCGAGACCAUAACCGGCAAUGUUGUACUGAGAUGCACCUGUAUGCCGGCAUGCACCUACAAAUGGCUAGAUGCAGAGUCCACACAGCUCGUGCCGUCUUCUUUCGGCGGCCGUCUUGACGUGCAGAGCUACGCGGGACGUGGGGUCCUGUCCUCAACGCUAUCACUCGAGGAUCCAGAGAGGCAUGACGAUGGCAUUUACCAAUGCCAAGCUACCUUUACUGAUGCCUCUGUCAAGUCAAUCUCAUUCACACUGGGUGUUUACUAUGCACCGGAGGUGUACACGUCCCCUAGCAGCACGUACUCGGCGCGGGUCGGCGAUGACCUCGUCGUGAGCAGUGCGGCAGUCGGCAAUCCAGCGCCAGUGGCCACCUGGGCCAUCUACUCUAACCGGACGGGCAAGCUGGUCGAGGAGCCGUACAUGGACACGUUUGGCGCGCUCGCGUUUGAAACCAGCGGGCACAACACCACAGCAACGCUGCGCCUCAUCACCGCCGUUCCGUUCGCGGAGCACCUUGUCGUCUUUCGGUUCACCAACGCGCUGCGCUCUAACGUGUCGUCAGCAACUGUGAUAGUGUCAGUUACGGGUGUGACUCCAACAUCAUCAACAACCACAAGUCCAGCGAGCAGCUCCUCCGGCUUGGACCCCACGUACUUUGGUAUCAUAGCGAGUGGCGUGGCCGUUGUGAUUGCAGCUAUCAUUGCCUUGGUCUGCUCCUCGCACCGACACCGCCAGCAUGACCUGGCCGGCGCAAUUACAAAGAAGCACCAGAAGCGACACAGCAGCGACAAUGAUAUCAUCGCUAACCGUGGCAAUAGUGGCUCCCUGGCCAUGCCGUCAGAACGAGCCGACCGCAAGACGUCCACCGUCGCGCUACUGAAUCGAACCAGUGUUGAUGAAGCUGGCGGUCAGCAGUCUCAUGGUCUGCGCACCGUCCUCAGCACAAAAUUCAUGCGCUCGCCGAGGGAAAGGUGUUCGAACACCGCACCCCCACCUCCAGCGCGCGGAAGCCUGCCGGAGAUUCAGACUGCUGACCCACCGUCAGAAGGAAUCUAUGCUCUAAUGGCGGGUAACUCGCCACAACUACCUCAACGGCCCAACUGGCCAUCCAAAGUGAACCAGUCGGAAUAUAUUUCCAUGGACGUCAAAGACCGUAGCGAGUGGACUAACUCAGACCAUAGCACACCUCCGCAAGGACAGUCGUCGUCCAAAAUCAGCGUCGCCCACAACAACACAGCAGGCAGGGCAGGUGACGACAACUUCCAAUACAACACCUCCCAGCUGAGCCUGGACUCUCCGACGCGUCAGCUUAAGUACGUCAAGUCGUCACGCAAGCGCAGUCCCUCUCCACGAGCCCGUCACUCUCUCGGCGAGCAUUCCCUGUCUCCGCUGCGACGUGACCGAGGUGACACCAUGUGCUCCGAAGCAUCCGAGUACGACGUCAAUUACGGCGAGAUCCCAGCUAACUUUGGUCGCCUGGCGCCCAUGGCCAACGACACCGACUCUGUGUACUCAUCCGAGUACAUGUCACAUCGCCCAGUCUCGAUCAUCACGCAGAAAUCGGCCGACGGGAACGGCGACGACGACUCUGUUUAUUCGUCUGAGUACGCAACACAACGGCAGAUGUCCGUCACUGCACGCAGGCCAACGGAGGUGUCUAAUUAUGACAUCUACUCGACGGGUUACGGAUCACCCGGAAGUGCCGAGUAGUUUCCGCAUGUCGCCGCCACGUCUUUUGAAUGCAUGUUCGCUAGGUCCAGAGGUGUUCAAUCCAUUAGCUGCGUGGUGCUCAACGUAUCAGUGCCAGGCUCGCUCCUCGAUUGUGCAGUCGUGUGCAGCCCUGAUGCUUUGUGUGCGGACCAUACUUUGGUUGCCCGGCUUUGGGCGUUUAGUCCUAGACCACUCUGUGAGGCCCCACACUUCUGUUGAGCCUUGGGGGUUAGUGUUACACUACUUUGUGCAACCCCACACUCCUGUUGCUCGUUGUGGGCCGGAUCCUACACUACCUUUGUGCGGCCCCAUACUCCGGUUGCACGGUGUCCCUGGACAGUUCGGUGGCGGGUGACACUAUACCAGCUACUACGGCGGUCGGAGGUGCUGUUGAAUAGUCAGGUCCAGUGCUAGCUCUGGAUUGGCCAUUCCGUCUAACUCCCGUACCUCUGGGGAACAAAUUACACUUGGACUGCGACCCGUGGAUGGUGUGGCAAAGCGGCGGCGUGCUUUUCCGUAGUACAAGCCACCAUCAGCAUGUCAGUAUCAGCAGUAACGGUGACUAUCUCAUCACAGCUUGUUUAGCAGUGGAGGAAUGAGUAGUCCUGUACACUGUACUGUACCUCUCCCUGCUCCAUUCCACUGCUCGCAUGAUGUACACCAGGCUACAGUAUACACCGCGUGCAUGUGCAUGUGUGUGUGUGCAUGUGUGUGUGUGUGUGCAUGUGUGUGUGUGUGUGUGUGUGUGUGUGUGUGUGUGUGUGUGUGUGUGUGUGUGUGUGUGUAUGUGUGCACAUGUGUGUGUAUGUGAGCGCGAACCUGCCCGUGUGUGUGUGUUUGACUAUAGGUGACGAUGUAUCAUACAUGUACAUGUAUAUAGAUGUGUUUGGGUACGUGCACGUGUGUGUUUGCGUCCAAUUGGCCUAUCCCGAUUCUUUGCGUUAGUUUCCCCAUUGCUGGCUGCUGGCUCAGUCUUGCAAUGGGAAAUGUGUUUAUCCCAUUCGUGCUGAUCUACACCCCACCUCCUGCACACACACACACACACACACACACACACACACACACACACACACACACACACACACACACACACACACACAUACUCCUAUCCCAAUUUCAUGAUUUACUAUCUUACGCUAGAAAGGUUCAUUGAGUUCUUUUUUUGCUAUUCUCCUAUUAUUUCUGCUAGCCUUUAUACCUAGUUUCAACACCCCCCUGGCGCCAUGCCCCCUGCCCACGCAUGCACUCCCACAACCACAUACUCCAUGCAUAGAUGAGACUAUCCCUUGGUCACAUGCCAGCUCACACGACUGAUAUUAUUGGGAAUUUUUUCGCUGAAUACUUGAUGAUGUCAUGGCUGAUGUCAUGUGACUUGAACAAAAGAUGACGUCAUGUAGUUGCAUACAUUGAAUACGAUUAAGUUGUACUUUUAUUACGUGACUUCAUGUAUUUUCGCCACGGUAGAGGGAUAAUAUUUUGCUGAUUAUAGUAUGUCAUUGGUUCAUAGCAACUUUAAUUUAUAAAUAAUACUUGUGCUAGAAAUCCUCUGUAUGUUAGUGUUUGAU